AUGCUUACUAGUAAUUAUAAUAAAAAAAUUAAACAGUCAUCAUCAUCAUCAUCAUCAUCAUCAUCAUCAUCAUCAUCAUCAUCAUCAUCAUCAUCAUCAUCAUCAUCAUCAUCAUCAUCAUCAUCAUCAUCAUCAUCAUCAUCAUCAUCAUCAUCAUCAUCAUCAUCAUCAUCAUCAUCAUCAUCAUCAUCAUCAUCAUCAUCAUCAUCAUCAUCAUCAUCAUCAUCAUCAUCAUCAUCAUCAUCAUCAUCAUCAUCAUCAUCAUCAUCAUCAUCAUCAUCAUCAUCAUCAUCAUCAUCAUCAUCAUCAUCAUCAUCAUCAUCAUCAUCAUCAUCAUCAUCAUCAUCAUCAUCAUCAUCAUCAUCAUCAUCAUCAUCAUCAUCAUCAUCAUCAUCAUCAUCAUCAUCAUCAUCAUCAUCAUCAUCAUCAUCAUCAUCAUCAUCAUCAUCAUUGUCGUCACAAUCAUGUUGCUAA